UUUUUUUUUUAUAAGGCAUACAAGCUUGCCCCAACGGUAAGGACAGAGCAGCAGGUGAUCUGAAAUUCUCACACAUAGGGAAUCAAAUACAACCAUACAAAAUCCCACUGAAGGACAGACAUUUUGGAAGAAACUACAAAGAGAGGGGGCAACUCACAUUAAACUCAGUUAUGUCAUGAAGUGAUAAGACUAUAUUUGUUCCUCUACAGAGCCCAGUUCUCCAUUUAACCUAACCGAAUUUGGUUUAACAUCAUAGACAAUUGUAGAACCCAGCUAGAGGCUCCCUGCUAUCCCAGUCUCACUAUGGGAAAGGGCUGAGCUGCCGGAGGGCGCGCCCUAUCCAAUAAGUACAAGCCCCCCCCCCCCGUAUGGCACUUACACCCGCCCGCCCGCGCCUGUGCUUAGCUCCCACAUAUUAUGGCGCGUAGGCACCACAGGUCCAAAUACCCUCAGCCAGACUCUGACCUGCAAAGCAAAAUGAAUCCUGAGAAAGAAACCUAAUCCGACCAACAAGAGUCGUUACAGGCGGAACGCUGUGGGUGUGUUUUCUCCGAGCUGCAAUAAAUUGCACAAGCAAAUACCCUAGCGUUAUACACGAACGCGCUGUGACUUUCCCAGCAGCCGCUGAGUUGGGAAUGGUGGGAGCCGGACCCUUCCUCAAGUUUGUAGUCUCUGCGCCUCAACAGCCUUUGCAGCACCUGCACCUUUUAAAAGCCCGUGGGGGUGUGAUUAUUUCGGGCCACGCCCACUAGCAAAUCACAACCGCGGUAUCUGCAUUUACCUGAGGCCAAACCUGAGCGUCCUGUCCACGCCCUGUCCCAUCCGAUUGGCGAGUGGGCGUGUUCUCCCUGCGGGCGGUGAUGUCAGAGCGACUCCUGCAGUGUAAAUGAAUCAAACUGUGCAGCACUCCAGCUGGGAAGCGCUGCAGCAUCUCCGGCACCAGGACCCCCUUGCCUACACAGGGACAGCAGCCCAGAGCUCCGCUAGGGUGCCCACCUGUUAUUGCUGCCAUCCAUGCCUGGCCUGGGGCCCCGUACCCCCAUUGCGCCGAUGAUCAGCACCCCCCUGUCUCCUGCCUUUAUUAUUUUAGACGAUCAGACCUAUUAAGGCAGCGUCGCCUCGGUAAAAUGAUGCAAAGCUCAGCACUCGCCACAGACGGUCCUGUCAAGGGGCUCCCAGAAAUGCUCGGGCUGCCAAUGCAACAGAUACCACGCUGCUCUGGAUGUAACGAGCACAUUCUGGACAAAUUUAUCCUGAAGGUUCUAGACCGUCACUGGCACAGCGCCUGCUUAAAAUGCUGUGAGUGUCAGGUACCUCUGGCUGAGCGCUGCUUCUACCGUGCUGGAAAUGUAUACUGCAAAGAAGACUUCUUCAAGUGUUUUGGCACCAAGUGCACGGCUUGCCAACAGGGUAUCCCCCCAACUCAGGUGGUUCGCAAAGCGCAAGACUUUGUAUAUCAUCUGCACUGCUUCUCCUGUAUCAUCUGCAGUAGGCAACUGGCAACAGGAGAUGAGUUCUACCUCAUGGAGGAUGGCCGGCUAGUAUGUAAAGAGGACUACGAGACUGCCAAACUGAAUGACGACUCCGAAGGAGGAGCCAAAAGACCUCGUACAACAAUAACAGCCAAGCAGCUGGAGACAUUAAAAAAUGCCUACAAGAAUUCUCCAAAACCGGCGAGGCAUGUGAGGGAACAGCUUUCUUCGGAGACAGGACUAGACAUGCGCGUAGUACAGGUUUGGUUUCAGAACCGACGAGCUAAGGAGAAACGCCUUAAGAAGGACGCAGGCCGGCAGCGUUGGGGUCAGUUCUAUAAAAGUGUGAGGAAAUCAAGGCUGGGGAAGUCAGGAAAAGAAAGCUCUACGGAGGACUGUGGUGUGAGUGACAGUGAACUGAGCUACAGAGAUGAGCAGAUAUUGUCUGAACUUGGAUCAAGUGGUGGUAUUUACAGUUCUGGUGGAGAUCUUGUGCCUUUGGUGAAUGGAGGCUUCACAAUGGAUGGAACAGGACAAUCUUACCAGGACCUUCACGACAGUAGUCCUUAUGAGAUGCCACAGUCUCCCUCUUCUAUCUCCUCCCUCCCAUCCCAUGGGCUGCCAUACAACAUGGACAAUGCUGCUGGGCUUUUGAACCACCCUCCUCUCCGUGUACUACCAGCAGCUCCAACCUCCGAUAUCUCUACAGAGAGCAGCAUGGGUUACCCCGACUUUCCCACCAGUCCAGGCUCCUGGCUGGAUGAGAUGGACCAUCCCCCAUUUUAAAGAAAAUGGGGGUUCCACCUUCUAGACGAUCACUGAGUUUGCCAAACUCUGCAGACACCACUCUCAGCCUUUUGAAAUCUCUUAAAUGAAUCGUAUGCUCCCCUGAACAGCACAGACCCACAAAACAUCUAGAAUAUGCAUCUAACCAAUGGUAUUAGAACUGGAAGUCAUGAGGCAGUCAGAGGAGCCCAAUGAGUAGAAACACAAGGUACUGAUACAUGUUUGCACUUUUGUUGGUGAUGGAUCUCCCUGCUUAAUCCUGGGAGUUCAAUGAAUGUGAACACACUCAAUUCUUAAGAUAUUAUGUUAAAUGUCAUUAACAUUGUGUCUUCCAGUGUGAGCACACAAUAUGGACACUCCCUGCAAUACCAUCUGCCUCAAUGGGCUCUCGUUGUGGUGUAGACAGGAGCCUUGUUCAUGCAAAUGACAAUCUAUUCUCAGAGCAUUUGUUCUCCCACAGGCUAGAAUUGUAUCUUUCUGGAUAAACCGAAUAGUGAUUGGAACAUAUUUUGAAUUCUUCCAAAACUGAAGACCACCUUCAUAAUAUUCACAAGCUUCUACUGGGCCCUGCAGAAUGUCAGUUCAUUGAGUGUCUCAGGGUUACAGGAGACACUAGGAAUUCUAGGUCUUGGAUCCUUAGGAGAACGAGCUAGGGGAUAAAGUUGGCCUUGGUAGGAAGUUUAUUAAUACAGGGUGUAGCACAUUUUGUUAAAGUAGAGUAUGUAUAGAAAGCAUCUCCUGAAGCCUCUCUGUGCUAGAGGCAUUUCCAGUGCAUUCCUCUGCUCCAAUUAAAGACAGUUGUUAAAUGAAUCGUGGAAGACCUGUACACUUUUUAACUGAGGAAAAUAUUUUUUUCCACUAUAUUUUUGCAUAGCACGAUUCAUAUAUGUUUGGUGUUGUUAUUGCUGCACAGAAUUACUCCCUGUUACAGCUUUUGUUACUUGACAACGCACAGUCUCUGUUCUUUCAGACAUGACAGCAUUCUUCCUGAGUACAACUCGCACACAAUUGCAAUCGAUCCAAUAAGAAGAUGACAUAUCCAGUCCUAAAAUGUCAGAAUAUAUAACAUCCAAUUAUUUGUCCUGUCCAUAACUUGUUGUCAUGGGAAAGUCAUGACCAAGCCUUAGUGUGUGUGUACACAUCCUGUUCUACUGCAGUCUCAUUCAAACCGUCCCAUUCCUGACACAGCACAAUCUCUCCAAUCUGCACAAAACACACAUUACCUUCAAGUAAUGCAGUUUAUCAUGUGCACAGUGCUGCUCCCUGCGAGACACCACCUCGGACACUGAAAUGGAGCAAACUGAAAAAGUUGUGCACUUAAUAUAUUAAAGGGGAAUAUUUCUUAUUUAUAAGAAGGGCUUAUCUAUUUUCUUAGACACUGAUGUAUUAGAGGCUAGGCCUAUGUCACACUGAGGAGAGUAGGAGCUUCUAUUGUAGCUGGCUAUAAAUAGGCUUCAUUGCUUCCCAUGGGGCACAACAGAAAUAGUAGUAGCAGCUGCUAAUCUCCCUUCUUGGCACAGGUCUUGCAUUAUUGGAUAUAGUAACAUUCCUUCUUUAAGUAUCUGUGUUUAUACUUAUGACUGAGAGUUGACAUAAUGCUUGUCUUGACAGACGCUAUAGCAACAGAAUUUCUAUUGGUUCUAUAUAGAGUGUAACAUUGCUAUACCUGUCUGUGGAAAAUGCUGCAGCUGAGCCAUCAAAUAAGGCACUUGCCACUUAUGCAGGCAAAUUAAUAUUCUAUGCACAUGAUAAAAGCAUUGUCUAUUGAAGGGAGAAUAAAUGAAAAAAACCCUACUUAUAAAUAUAUAUUUUUCCUUUAAAUUCUGAAACAUCUUGCAAUAUUACAGCCUUUUCCCCUGCACCAGCUUUCAGUAAUGGUUAAACCUAUGUAACUCUGCCUCAGUGGAGCAGCAAGCCCUUUCUUGCCACACAUGCACUAAGGCACAUUCAGUCGCUAUUUGCCUUUCACUAUGUCGUCAUGCCAAGACCCUAAUGAGUUUGCACAAAACAGCGCCUGUCCUAUCCUCAUGUAUAUAUUGUACAGUCCUUGAAGUGAAAGUCUUGUGAUAUCCUGUAUUUAUUGCCAUAAAUGAAAGCCCAGUGUGUUUCACUAGCAUCACACAUAUUAUUUAUGUAAAUAAAUCUGAGCCUUCUUACA